GAAAAGAAGUGAGAGCUACUUUGAAAGGACACCAUUUGUAUUUAAGUUAAUUUAUAAUGGUUUUGGAAUGUUUGUCAGUUCUCAAACAUAAACUUUUAAGUGUUAGACCUUUCCUGUAACAAUUUGUUAUUGGAAGUUUCAAGGCCUUGGGUGCUCAGUUAAGGAUUUUGGCCUUUCCUCAUUCCUUUGGUUUUGGCCAAAUGAUUAUGUUUCCUCAUUUUGGGAAGAUUUCUUUGGGUAUUUUGAUAUUUGUCCUGAUAGAAGAAAACCUUCCAUCAUUAACAGCACAAAGCUACCUAUCUUUAGAAGAAAUCCAGGAACCCAAGAGUGCAGUUUCUUUCCUGCUGGCUGACUCAGAAUCUGCAGACCCUUCUCUGUCUAGUGACAAGAAACGACCUCUGGACCACAGAGAGGCUGAGAGACAGUGGUUGCUCAGAAGACGGCGAUCUACUCUAUUUCCUAGUGGAGUAAAAAUCUGCCCAGAUGAAAGUGUCACAGAGGCUGUGGCAAACCAUGUGAAGUAUUUUCAAGUCCGAGUGUGUCAAGAAGCUGUCUGGGAAGCCUUCAGGACUUUUUGGGAUCGACUUCCUGGGCAUGAGGAGUAUCGUUACUGGAUGGAUUUGUGUGAGGGUGGAAUCACAACUAUAUUUGAAAUGGGCACAAAUUUUAGUCAGUCUGUGGAACAUACAAGCCUAAUUAUGAAGAAACUGGCAUACACAAAGGAAACUGUAAGUGGUUCCUGCAAUGACCAGGCCUGUGGCCUUGAGUUGUCGUCUCUCGUUCCUGUUGGUGAGACUUCCACAUUGGGAGGCGCUGUCCUCAGUGUCCCAUAUCCAGGGGUGAGCUCUUAUGAAGGUACCUCAGAGAGCGGCUUGGAGAGGCUGGAGGAGAGUAUUAGCAAUGAAAUUGAGACUGCGAUAGAAGAGUCUACAAAACCAGCAGCGGAGCAGGUUGCAGAAUUCAGUAUCCACCUUUUAGGGGAGCAGUACAAGGAAGAGCUACAGGAUGCCUCUAGUUUCCACCACCAGAGCCUGGUAGAAGAGUUUAUUUCAGAGGUUGAACAAGCAUUUACUGGGUUACCAGGCUACAAGGACAUCCGUGUACUUGACUUCAGGUUCCCCAAGGAAAAUGGCAGUGGCACCGAUGUUCACUAUGAAGUUACCUUCAAUGGUGAAGCCAUCAGCAAUGCCACCUGGGACCUGAUCAGUCUUCACUCCAACAAGGUGGAAAACCACGGUCUUGUGGAAUUGGAUGAUAAACCCACUGCUGCUUAUACGAUUAGUAACUUCAGAGAUUAUAUUGCUGAGACUCUGCAUCAAAACUUUUUGCUGAGGAACUCCUCUUUGAAUCUAGAUCCUGACUCCCUGCAGCUUAUCAAUGUGAGAGGCGUUUUUCUUCCCCAAACUGAAGACCUAGGUUGGAACACCCAAAGCUCAAGCCUUCCAGCAACCCCGCCACCUAUUCUGGAUAAUACCCUUCAAGCUGAAUGGCCCUCAGCAGAGGAAUCCACUACCAGCAGUAUUUCACCACUUGAUUUCAGCCCUGGUCCUUCCUCUGCCACUGGCAGGGAACUCUGGUCAGAAAGACCUUUGGGUGAUUUAGCGUCUACACCCAAAUUAGCCUUUCCCUCGAAGGUGGGCCUCAGUUCUUCCCCAGAGGUUUUAGAGGUUAGCAGCUUGACUCUUCAUUCUGUCACCCCAGCAGUGCUUCAGACUGAUUGGCCUGUGGCUUCUGAGGAAAGGACUUCUGCAUCUCCCUUUUUAGAAGAUGGAUUAAUCAAAGUUGAAGGGUCAGAAGAUAUUCUUUCUGUUGGUCCAUUGUUUUCAAGUCCAUCCACUCAUCCUGUGCCAAAAGAAACAAUACCAUCUAUGGAAGACUCUGGGGUGUCUUCGACAUCCUCACCAUAUCUGGCCUCCUCUGUCACAAUAGAUCUUCCUACUCAGGAAGUAAAUAUACAUUUUGGCUUGGACUCUUUGGUCUCCAAAGUCAAAGGCCAAUUAGAAGUGAGCACUUUGAUGCCAGACACAUCCAUGGAAAAAGAGUUCAUAUUUGAGAGUGGCUUUGGUUCAGGAUCUGGGCAAAAGAUGGAUCUGAUUACUUGGCCAUGGAGUGACACUUCAUUAGAGAAGAGCACUGAACCACUGUCCAAGUCAUGGCUGGAAGAUGAGGAUUCACUUUUGCCAAAUGAGGCUGUAGAUGAGAAACUAGUUACAGAUGACAAAAUAGAUUCCACAGACAGAAGUAGUGAGCACUCAAAAUAUGGGCAUUUGGACAGACCCACACAUCUGGCAGAGGAGGAGCCCCUUGACAGGCCUAUUGUGCCCAUUUCUGCAGAGGCCACAACUCAGUCUGAAUCUCUGCUUCUCUCCAAGCACACAUCAGAGGUACCUGACAUUGAUUAUUACUCAGGUACUAACGCGCCUCCUUUACUGACAUCUACAGCUAUCUCUCCUUCUACCGGCAAACCAGAUCAAAUGGAAGCCUUUCUAAAGGAGGAUAUGGAACAAUCUACAGAGUCAUCCCAUCGUGAAUGGUUUGACAGCAAGAUUUCAGCAGUGAAGCCAGAUGGGCAAUCUUUGUGGACCACAUUGCCAGAGUCAGAUGUAGUUUGGGCAAAAACUUCUUCCCAAGGGAAAUUGUCCGGAGACACAUCAUCAGCAAGUGCACCAGAGAGUAGAGACAAGCUCUGGUUGAAAGCUUCCAUGACACAGUCCACCACAUUGCCUCCAACCACAAGCCCCACCCUGCUGGAGGAUGAAGUAAUUAUGGGCGUACAAGAUAUUUCAUUAGAACUGGACCGGAUAGGCACAGAGUACUAUCAGCCUGAGCUAAUCCCAGAGGAAAAUGGCAAGGUUGGUAGUUAUGUGGAAAUGUCUACAAAUGUUCACUCUACAGAGAUGGCUGUUGUUGCUCGGCCCACAAAAAGAAAUGACUCAAAUCAUACACAGACCACAGGAGCUUUGCUGGUGUUCUUUAGCCUUCGAGUGACUAACAUGAUGUUUUCAGAAGAUCUGUUUAAUAAAAACUCUUCGGAGUAUAAAGCCCUGGAGCAAAGAUUCUUGGAAUUGCUGGUUCCCUAUCUCCAGUCAAAUCUCACAGGGUUCCAGAAUUUAGAAAUCUUGAACUUCAGAAAUGGCAGUAUUGUGGUGAACAGCAGAAUGAAGUUCACCAAGUCUGUCCCUCCUAAUGUUAACAAUGCUGUAUAUAUGAUUCUGGAAGACUUUUGCACCACUGCCUACCAAACCAUGAACUUGGCUAUUGAUAAAUAUUCCCUUGAUGUGGAAUCAGGUGAUCAAGCCAACCCUUGCAAAUUUCAGGCAUGCAAUGAAUUUUCUGAGUGCUUGGUCAAUCCCUGGAGUGGAGAAGCAGAGUGCAAGUGCUACCCUGGGUACCUGAGUGUUGGGGAACGGCCCUGUCAGAGUCUCUGUGACCUGCAGCCUGACUUCUGCUUCAAUGAUGGAAAGUGUGACAUUAUGCCCGGACAUGGGGCCAUUUGUAGAUGCCGGGUGGGUGAGAACUGGUGGUACCGAGGCGAGCGCUGUGAGGAGUUUGUGUCCGAGCCCUUGGUGAUUGGCAUCACCAUCGCCUCUGUGGUUGGACUUCUCCUCGUCUCUUCUGCUGUCAUCUUCUUUCUCAUCAGGACUCUUCAAACUCAGAAUGCUAGGAGAGAAGGACAGAGGCCCUUUAGCAGGCGGCUUGACAGCCUCCCGUCCGUUGAAGAUGCUGUAAAAUACAACCCUGCCUAUGAAAGCCAUGUGAUGGGAACUGAGCAGUACAAGGGACCCUAUCCUCCGUGUCCCUUCUACAGCUCUCCAGGAGGAGAGAUCUUUGGCGGCCUGAAUAGGGAAGAAAUCAGACAAAUGUAUGAGAACAGUGGGCUUUCCAGGGAGGAAAUUCAAGAAAGAAUGAGAAUUUUGGAACUGUAUGCCAAUGAUCCCGAGUUUGCAGCUUUUGUGAGAGAACACCAAAUGGAUGAGCUUUAAUCAUGACUCGUAUUUUGGAACAGAUUAGAAGCCUAGAGAAGAUAGAGAUCACUUGUUACUGUAUCAUAUAAUGAACCUGGAUUUUGAACUCCAUUGGAAGAUGAGUAUUUUACUAUAAAACAUGAAGUUUAGGGCACACAUUUUUUUUUCCAGUUCAAAAUUUCAGAAUGUAGUAAGAGAUGUGACAAUUUUUAUACCUACAAAAAAUUUUGUACCUACACUGUAUGUAAAGAAAUUCAAAACUAUGUGGGUUCUGGAAAGCAUUCUGGAAGAAAGCAGCCGGGCCUGAGGGCGCCUUGGGGAGGCAUUGCUGUCUGCUGCCGCAUGUCCCAGGCCGUCUGCUGACAACUGCACCUCUGGAGUCCCAGGAGGAAGAGAAGGCGAGAUUAUUACAGGAGAGGGCAGGUUUGCCAGGUAAACAUUCUGUAGCAUGCUUGGUAUCGUCAGAUGGAGUGAGAAGCCUUUGAUGCAGUUUUAAUAUAGUUUAUAGUCAGAUUUGUCUAAUUAAAAUGUUAAGUUUUGGGGGAGGAUUAAACUGCUGAAGAAAAAGUAAACUUUUUGCUGCUCUAUAGAAUUAGUCUUGUACUUUAUGCUUCUACCAGACUUUUGAAUUUCCUGAGCAUGUUAAUUAAGAUCACAUUACUGUUGUGUUAACUAUCUCAGAAUCUUUUUUUCUUUUUUUUGCUAUCAAGAACAAUACAUAUAUAUGAAGUCUGAAGGCUUUCCUUCAACUAAAGAUGAAUUUAAUUGUGGACAGGGAGGGAAUGAAGGUUAGGUCAAGGCCACAGAGCUGAGAGUGUAUGGUAUGCCGAUUGACAGGUGGGCUGAGUUAGAACUUACAGGUUCCUUGACCCUGCUUAUGGUAUCUAAAGAUGUCCCAGCUGAAUCCUGGAUCUUCUCUAGUUUCUGAUAUUUUCAUUUGGGAAAUAGCACUUAACUACCUCACGUAGUACAGGUUAGCUGAUUUGGAUUACUUCUCUUUUGUUUAAUAACUUGUCUAAAUUAAUUCCUGCUUAAUAUCUUUUAUUUUAUAGGUAGGAAAAGGUCCCCAUCUUAUAUAAAUUUUAACUGAAUUAGUAACUACCCACUUUAUCUCCAGUAUGUUUUUGAGUGGGUAGCUUUGGAAGGGCAAAGGAGAGGGCCAAAUAAUCAUCAUUAUUAAUAUUAAAUUGUAUGUGCAAAUAAGUUAUUAUUGAUACAGAUAUUUUAUGUUACAAUGUCUUUAAUAUUAGUAUUAAAGCAAUCUGGAACAUUUGAUUUUUUUCUGACUAGGGAUAGACUGACCAUUAAGAUAAAAUAUUGGUUAACUUAUUUUUUUUCUUAACUUGAUGACUGCCAAUUUCACUCAUUAUGAAGACACCAGAAACUAAAUGUCUGGGCUCAGUACAUGCCACAGUAAAGCUAGUGAAGCCUUGAAGAUAUCCAGGUACUUUGCAAAGUUUGUGUGGUAACUAGUGUGUGUGUGUGUGUGUGUGUGUGUGUGUGGUGUGAAGGCAGUUCCCUUAUGUCAGUAUUUCUUGUAUUCCCUCUCACAUACCGCAUUCUCUAGGACUUCAGCAGAGGUACAAGCCACUGCUGGGACAUUUUUUGCUGGGCCCAUUUGAAAGGUAGUUGAUAAAAUUUAAUGGCACUCGUCACUACUAAGUGCUUAAUUUUAUUUGUAAAACUUCUAAAGAGUUCUGUUUAGCUUUGAAAUUUUUCCUAAACUUGUUUGUGUUUGAUUUAAAAAAUUGUUUUAUCGCAAAUUAACCAUAGAAUGCCACCUUUUGAAUGUCCACCUGCUGGCAGAGUUCCAGAUGGAUGCGAAGGGCAACUAGAGCAGGUCGGCCCGUGAGACACUCAGGAGGAACAGACUCUGAGCUGUGGGAGGAUCGUUGUUUCCCAGGGGCCAGGCAGUGAAGUGGGGAUUUGAGAAUCUGAUGGGUCUCUGUCUCUCAUUUUCUUUUGUGUGACCUUUUCAUGCGAGAGCAAAUUUCUUAGCUCUACGUGAGUAUCUGCUCCACACCUAUUAUGUGGAAAAUUAAGGAAGUCCUGCACUCUCAGGGUUGCCCCACCUUGUUACAGCUGAACCACGUGGGGUAGGUCAGAGAGUGCAGUUUCCAUGCUGAAGAUCCACUGAUGUUCACACUGCCCAGAAAGGACUUUUAAAAAACUUAAGUACAGUUGGUAUACCCUAUUAUACUAGUUACAUUAGUUUCAGGUGGACAAUAUGGUGAUUUGUCACUUUUAUACCUUACGUUAUGGUCAUCCCACUAACUCCAGAAUCACCUGUCACCAUGCAACUUCAUCACAGUGUUGUCUAUUGUCCUUCCCUUCGGCAGACACUGUGCUCACUGAAGCAGAGAAAGAGAUACCAUAUGCUCUCACUUCUAGUGGAAUCUAAAAAACAAACAAAAUUUAACAACCCAGAUUCAUAGAAACAGAGAGAGCUUUUAAAAAGAGCAUUCCCCAAGGUAAUUUAAUGGCAUGCAGUCAUUUUGAAGUAUUAGGCUCAACUCUCCUUUUAGGGUAUGUGAUUGAGGAAUGAAAUAUUCUGGUUAUUAGAACAUUCUCACUAACCUAGCAAUAUAAUAUUCAAUAAAACUAUCACUUUAUUUGAAAACAAUAAAAUGCAGUUAGCACUAAAAGUACAUGGUAAAUAACUAAAAAAACUUGUUUUUUGAUUCGUAAGGUGCUUUGGAGUCUUACAGAUAUAGAUAGCCUUUAUUGUUGAGUGUCUACACACAAUUCUUAUUUUCAUGGGUUCUGGAUAAAGGGGAAUUUAUUUGAGAAAUAAGAUUCCAUUUCCAUCAUGGCAAUGUUUUAAGAGUAUUUGUUCACAUUUAUGUGUCCUAAGGUCCCAUUUACUUUACACAAUGAAACAAGUGCAGGCUUUGCCUGAUUUUCUUCCCACCUCUUCUUUUUUCUUCUGUAGUGUCUGGUCACCAUGGGUAGGUUACUGCCCGCCUCCCUCCCCUGUUUUACCACGUAGUGCAUUGUGAUGUAGCGAAACAGCCCUGACUUAAUAGUACUUUAGGAAAAAAGAUAAAAAAUGUACAAAUAGUUUUUGUUGGCUCUAAAACUAUGUUGAGUCGACGAAGAUAUCUGAUCUGAUUAUUCAUUUGCAUUCUAGCUUUAUCAGUUUCCCUUCCAUUUCGUGAUUUUUAGGCAGGUUGUAUUUUGUGUCAUUUCCAUGUUUUCUGUCAUGGAUACCAGCCUGUAAAUUGACUUUUCAUUUUGAAAUGGGAAGUGAAUUCGACAUAUUUAUACCAUGAAGAAAUAGCCAAUUUAGGAGAAUAACCCAUCUUUAUUAAACUGAGAUGUUUUAGCCAAGAAAGUUAUGGGUCAAAUUUUUUCUCCCUAAAAUGCUUCUAACAAUUCCCAGUAGGAAUGGGUAGGGCCAGCUUUCUUCAUUUAUAGUCCAGCUGCAAGAGUCAUGGACCCAGCUCAUUCUACUCCCAAAUGUAUAAUAAAUGCAGAAAAAAAGAUGUGAAGGUCACAAACCUCAAAUCAAUCAGUUGCAUUGUAUUCUACAGUAGAUCCUGGCUGGUGGUGGGAAGGUGGGAGGGUACCAAAAAGUGAUUGAUGGUGUAGAGAAUCUGCCUGGAAAUUUUUUUGGCACAUGGAUUUUAUAAAACCUUAUAAUACUCCUAUGAGUUGAUAAGACACAGCUUAAAUGGCACCCCUCAUUUGCACAAUUUACAACUACAGACUAGAUUAAAUGAUUUCUUCUCCUGGCUUUUCUCCCCUCGCUUAUACUUAAUUAUUCCUUUAGAGAUUAAGGGCAUACAUAGGAAAAAGGUAACCAUGAUAUCAAAGAAUACAGGUAUAAUUAUUUAUGUAUCAGGACUAUGUGAUGUUUCUGGGGUGAUCGUGUUCAAUAUGGGGUAUAGAUAAUGAAAGUUUUUUUUUCAUCUUGUUUAAAAUGACAUUUUACCUAAACUGGGUCAGACAAAUUCAUGCUACUGUACUUUUUUUUUUUGAAAUGCUCUAGUCUUAAUUCUAGCUAAUUAGCAUGAAAAAGUCUUUGUGUAUAUAAAAGGGGCUUUCCUUCUCAUGUAUGUAUGCCAUUUUCA